AUGCUGUCGGAGAAAAAAGAUUUGACACCAGACUUCUUCAAAAGUAGCCAAAAAGUCGCUGCUGAAGCUUGUGGCGUUUCAUAUAUAACGCUGAGGCGUAUAUGUGUAGAAGCCAAAAAAUCUAUAGAGCAGGAUGUUGAGGAAGGACCAUCUUUUAAAUCACCACGAAAAUUAUAUAAGCGUCAAAAGAAAUGUACAGAAAUGGAUGAUUUUGAUGCUGACGUAGUUCGUCGAACGGUACAUUCGUUUUACGAUAAAGAUUGUCGACCAGUGAUUUACCUAGAUGAAACCUGGGUAAAUCAGAAUCAUUCACGAUCUCAUAUUUGGAAAAAUAACGAAGGAACAGAAGGGUUAAAAGUACCAAUCGGUAAAGGAGGUCGUCUAAUUAUUAUACACGCUGGGUCAUCUCGAUACGGGUUCAUAGAAGGGUCAAAAUUAGUUUUUAAAUGUCAAGCGAAAAAUUCUAUUGACUAUCAUUCGUCAAUGAACGCCGAUGUUUUUAAAGUAUGGUUUGUAGAUAUGUUAAAGCUACUUCCCGAACCAUGCGUUAUUAUUAUGGAUAACGCACCAUAUCAUUCCACGUAUAUUAACAACUACCCAAAAUGUAAUGCUCGGAAAGCUGAUGUACAGAAUUGGCUGAAAAAUCAGGGCGUUAAUUUUUCACCACUAGAAACAUUAGCUGAAUUGCGUGAACGACUUAAAUUGUUAAUACCGUCGUUUAAAAGGUACGAGUUAGACGAAAUCGCGAGUUCGAUGGGCCAUGAAGUAAUUCAGCUACCACCGAAUCACUGCCAGUAUAACCCUAUCGAACUCAUAUGGGCGCAAGUCAAAAGUGAAGUGGCAAAAAAAAAUCACACUUUUAAAAUGGUGGACGUCGAAAGACUUACAAACGAGGCGUUGGAUUCGGUAUCAAAAAGUGACUGGGAGAAAUGUGUUGAACAUGCUGAGAAGAUUCAAGAUGAAGAUAACGAAAAGGAAAUAUUGAGAGACAGUUUGACGGAGCCAAUGAUUUUAACAUUUGCAUCUGAUGACAGUGAUUUCGGUACUGACGGAGACAGCGAAAACGACGUUGAAGAACUAGAAUAA